CCGGUAUGUCCUCCACAUCCAAGGGAGUGCAGGCAUUGGAGAUCCAGGUGAGAUCCAGUGGAAGCUCUGUCUAUGUCUCUUACUCUCCUGGGUCAUCGUCUUCCUCUGUAUCCUCAAGGGAGUAAAAUCCUCUGGCAAGGUGGUGUAUUUUACAGCCACCUUCCCAUACCUCAUCCUCAUCAUGCUGCUAAUUCGGGGACUGACACUUCAAGGUGCCUGGAAAGGGAUCCAGUUCUAUCUCACACCCCAGUUUGAUCACCUUCUAACCUCCAAGGUAUGGAUUGAGGCAGCCUUGCAGAUCUUCUAUUCCCUGGGGGUGGGCUUUGGGGGCCUCCUUACCUUUGCCUCUUACAACACCUUUCACCAAAAUAUCUACAGAGACACAUUCAUUGUCACCUUGGGCAAUGCAAUCACUAGCAUUCUGGCUGGCUUCGCCAUCUUCUCUGUGCUGGGCUACAUGUCUCAGGAGCUGGGAGUUCCUGUGGACCAGGUGGCCAAAGCAGGGCCUGGUCUGGCAUUUGUGGUCUACCCCCAGGCCAUGACGAUGCUCCCCCUGUCACCAUUCUGGUCUUUUCUCUUCUUUUUCAUGCUGCUGACCCUAGGCUUGGAUAGUCAGUUUGCCUUCCUAGAAACCAUCGUGACAGCUUUGACGGAUGAGUUCCCUUACUAUCUCCGGCCCAAAAAGGCCAUCUUCUCCGGCACCAUCUGUGUGGCCAUGUUUCUGAUGGGCCUCAUCCUUACUACAGACGGAGGCAUGUAUUGGCUGGUUCUGCUGGAUGACUACAGUGCUGGCUUUGGACUCAUGGUAGUGGUGAUUACAAGCUGCCUCACCGUUACCCGGGUGUAUG